AUGGUCAUGGAGGGCAAGCCCUAUCAUGAGCCGACUCUUCGGGAGGCUUUGAAAGACGUCUCGCUGGUUUUUGUCAACACAAACGGCUUGGUCAUUGGUGAAAAAGCCGAGAUAUAUUGGGGAAUUCGCCUUUACGAGCUCGCUCGGGAGUUCCGUGUGAAGCGUUUUGUCUACGCCGGUCUAGAGUGUGCCUCGAAGCUUGGAAAUUUCAACGCUAACUAUCGGACAAGCAUUCUCGACGGUAAAGGGAAAGUGGUCGAUUAUAUCUCUCGCCAACCUACCGCUCCGACGGGAUGGUCUAUUCUGACAUCGUGCCCAUAUGUUGAAGGCCUUUCUGAAUUUCUCCGGCCUUUACCGGAUCCCUCGGAUCCGGAAACCAUGAUCUUUGCAGCGCCUCUAGGAAACGGAAAGUGUCCACUCAUUCAUCUUGAAGACUACGGUCUAUAUGCACGAUGGCUGUUCGACAACCCCACAAGAAGUAAUGGUCUUGAAUUGCAUGUGGGCACCGAAGAUAUUGCGUGGAAAGAUCUCGCAGCGGUCUUUACAGCGGUAACGGGUACAGGUGCAGUCUAUCGGGAUUUCACUUUGGAUGAAUCCUUCCAGCUGGGCAUGUGGCCGAAUCCAGAGGCUCUACUGGGUGUUACCGGCAGUCCUGACGACUCUUCCUGCAUGACUAUUCGGAAGAACUAUUCUGGGUUUUGGAAUACUUGGAAAGAUGAUCUGACGAAGAGAGAUUAUCAGCUGUUGGACGAAAUCCUGCCAACAAGAGUGAAGAGUGUUAAAGAAUGGAUGGAAAAGAUUGGCUAUAGAGGGAACUAUGCAUCUGUUCUGAAAGAUCGCCGUGACGCGGCUAGAAAGUGA